AUGGGACGCGCCGACCAUCUACCGGCCUUCGGCUCUUCCUCCUCAACCUCCCAAAUCCUCAACCCUAUUGCGGAGAUGACAGCCCUCAGAUUUGUCAAGACUGUGUGGGAGUCCUUUCGGGCUACUUCCGGUCUAGAGCCUCGACUUCUGAAUAAUCUACGGGUCACUGCCGCCAGGCCAGGAACUGUCAACUUUGAACUGGACAUUCAAAAGGAACACACGAACCGGUUGAACAUUCUUCAUGGCGGUACUAUUGCAAGCAUGGUGGACCUCGGUGGUUCCUUGGCUGUUGCCUCCCGGGGACUGUUCGCGACGGGUGUGUCUACCGACUUGAAUGUUACCUACCUGAACUCCGGGGGCAAGAUUGGCGAUAAGAUUUCGGCUGAGGUGACGUGUGACAAGUUCGGCAAAACCCUCGCCUACACCAGCAUCAAGUUCACCAACGACAAGGGCGAGCUCGUCGCACGAGGAAGCCACACAAAGUAUGUGACUAUUGCUUGGAAGGAUCCCCAGAAUAUUGUGGAGGAGAUCAACAAACUUCCGUGA